CAAAUAAAUUCGCCGAAGAAAUUUUGUAUCUCUCAUGGCGGAAGUGUCUGAGACGAGGAAGGAGAUGACGACAAAGGGAAAGAGCGAGAACUCGAAGAAGAUGAAAACAGAUACGGUUCCAAUCGCUGCCAUGAACGAAGACCUUCUCCAUAACAUUCUUUUGAGAUUGCCGGCGAAAUCGUUUGCUUUCGCUUCCUGUGUUAACCGAUCCUGGAGCAGCGUCUGCAAUCGCAUCCUCUCUCGCCCCAAAAUGAUCUCUGCUUUCUCUCGUAAUCCUGAUCAACUCAGAGCUGGAGAAGAAGUACUUGAAAAGGUUUUAUCUGAGCCAAUUCGACCAGAUUUUGUAAUCGCAAACAUUACAUGUGGAAACAUGGAAGAAACUUUGACACUGAUAAUUGAAAGAGUGGGAUCAAGGGUUCCUAUUAUUGUAUCUGUAGUUACUGGAGUCUUAGGAAAGGAAGCAUGCAAUGACAAGGCUGGAGAGGUCAAACAGCAUUCCCCUGGUGAUGAUGAAUUGUUCAUUGUUCCAAAUUUUGCUAUACUGUUGACGAUUGGUUACUUACCAGGAAUGAAAGUCGACGUUAUUCCUGUUAUUCAGGCUAAAGGGGAAUCGGAAUCGGAUAUUGGAGACAAAUUUGUGAUGGAUAUUAGAAAUUAUGUGUCCAUGGUUUCAGGUCAUGCUGCUGCACCAGCAUGUCUUAUACUCUUUGGGGAGGAUACUCAUGCCACAGAACCUGUCCUUCACAAACUGGAUUAUGCCAUGCCUGCAGAAACUGUUAUUGUGGGUGAUCAAAUUGGCGAGUUUUUACAUAAACGUGGUAAUGAAUCAAGAAAUGUUCAGUUGCCGAAAGAUGAUUGCAGAGUUCUCGCAGGCUUAAUAUUUGCAAGAGAUAGACACAGACCCGCUCAGGCUGAAAGAAUUCAGUUUGACACUGCAAUAUCAAGGGGAAUGUCAUCGGUUAAUCUGAGGUACAAGGCGGCUAAUGUCAAUGUUAGUCGCCCUAGAUGUCCUUCGACGCUUCUGACUGCCAAAAGAAGAGGAGAAGCAGAGGUUCUGGAUGGCGAGCAAAUUCUAGAUGACAUAGAUAAUAUUUUAGAAAACCAUAUCUGGGAGAAUGAUCCAUAUCUCGGAGUAAUAAAACGAAGAAAAUACUCAAUUGGUUUGGAGGAGAAGCCAAAAAUCAUGUCCUCCCUUGUAUUUCAUCAAGUGAAUGGAUCUGACGAUCAGGAUCUUUUAGUCGAUGGUGCCGGAAUCAAAACCGGCGACCAGUUCCAAGUAUACCUCCCUGAUCUCAAAGUGGCUGAAGCAUCACUAAAUGCUGUUACUUCUCAGCUUAGAAAUCUCAAGUCUAAGGCAAAUAAACCAGAAAUCGUUGGAGGUUUUGCUUUCGUUGGUAACAGUCGCGGUGACUUGUUCUUUGGUCGUCCAGACGCAGACAGCUCACCGUUUUUAGAGAAUUUCCCGGAGUUACGGUUUGGCGGUAUAUUCUGCGACAAUGAAAUAGGACGCAACUUAUUCGUGGAGGAGGGAGAGGAAAAGAAAGAAGUGAGCAUCCGAAGAUUUCUUCACGUUUAUAGUUCGGUAUAUCUUAUUGUCUCGUAUACUUCUUAAUGUUACGGUGUCUGUUUGUUUUAUGUUAUUGAGAGAUUAAUAAGUUAACUUAAAAAAC